AGUUCCUGCCAUUAGCACUGAGGUUGCGUGCAUGCUGGAUUCCCUCCUCCGGCCCCCCUCUUGCCCACAUGCUUGAUUCUCGCUUCCUGUCCAGCAGCUCCAGAUGGGGCAGAUCAAUGCGCACAUUCCAGCCUCAAUGCAACUGUAGCGGCAUGUGACUUCGCCCGUAAUGUCCCAGCGCUGCAUACAGCACAAUGCAGUGAAUAUGGUGCGAUCUGGAAACACGGAGCUCUCCGCACAAUUUACUUUGCCGCUACUUUUAAAACUGCUAAUACGGGGUGAAACCGCAGCGGUCUCGUCUGUUUUAUUGAGGUGACUACAGAGCCAUGAGGUCCUCAUCCUCGCGUUUAUCCAGUUUUUCCUCCAGGGAUUCCUUAUGGAGCCGGAUGCCGGAUCAGAUCUCCGUAUCCGAGUUUCUCUCGGAGACGACCGAGGAUUACAAUUCCCCCACGACAUCAAGCUUCACCACCCGCCUGCAGAGCUGUCGGAACACGGUCAACGUCCUGGAGGAGGCUUUGGACCAAGACCGAACAGCUUUACAGAAAGUCAAGAAAUCCGUCAAAGCUAUCUACAACUCCGGUCAAGAGCAUGUGCAGAAUGAAGAGAACUACGUUCAGGCGUUGGACAAGUUUGGCAGCAACUUUAUCAGCCGAGAUAACUCUGAUCUGGGAACAGCCUUCAUCAAGUUCUCAGGCCUCAUCAAAGAACUGGCCGCUCUCCUCAAGAACCUGCUUCAGAGCCUAAGUCACAAUGUCAUCUUCACCCUGGACUCUCUGCUGAAAGGAGAUCUGAAAGGAGUGAAGGGGGAUCUUAAAAAGCCAUUUGACAAGGCCUGGAAAGACUACGAGACCAAGUUCACAAAGAUCGAAAAGGAAAAAAGGGAACACGCCAAGCAGCACGGUAUGAUCCGCACGGAGAUCACCGGCGCAGAGAUCGCAGAGGAGAUGGAGAAAGAACGACGCAUCUUUCAACUGCAGAUGUGUGAGUACCUGAUCAAAGUGAACGAGAUUAAAACCAAGAAGGGAGUGGAUCUCCUCCAGAAUCUCAUCAAGUAUUAUCAUGCACAGUGCAAUUUUUUCCAGGAUGGCUUGAAAACGGCGGAUAAAUUGAAGCAGUACAUCGAGAAGUUAGCAGCGGAUCUUUAUAAUAUAAAACAGACCCAGGAUGAGGAGAAAAAACAGCUCACUGCCCUCAGAGAUCUCAUCAAGUCUUCUUUACAGCUGGACCAGAAAGAGGAUUCUCAGAGCAAGCAGAGUGGCUACAAUAUGCACCAGCUGCAGGGCAAUAAAGAGUUUGGCAGUGAGAAGAAAGGCUAUCUCUUCAAGAAGAGUGAUGGGAUCCGUAAGGUGUGGCAGAGGAGGAAGUGUUCGGUGAAGAAUGGCAUCCUUACUAUCUCUCAUGCCACAUCCAACAGGCAGCCGGUGAGACUGAAUCUGCUGACCUGCCAGGUUAAACCCAGCGGAGAGGAUAAGAAGUGCUUUGACCUGAUCUCCCAUAAUAGAACUUAUCAUUUCCAGGCAGAAGAUGAACAGGAGUUUGUGAUAUGGAUCUCAGUGCUUACUAACAGUAAGGAGGAGGCUCUGAACAUGGCCUUCCGUGGAGAACAGAGCGCUGGGGAUGACAGUCUGGAAGACUUGACCAAAGCCAUCAUCGAAGACGUGCUACGCAUGCCUGGAAAUGAAGUCUGCUGUGACUGUGGAGCACCAGAGCCCAAAUGGUUAUCCACUAACCUCGGCAUCUUGACAUGCAUCGAGUGUUCGGGGAUCCACAGGGAAAUGGGAGUCCAUAUUUCACGGAUCCAGUCCAUGGAGCUCGACAAACUCGGCACCUCUGAACUCUUGCUUGCGAAAAAUGUGGGGAACAGCAGUUUUAAUGAAGUAUUGGAAGGCAACCUACCAAGUCCAUCCCCCAAACCAACACCAUCAAGUGACAUGACCGAAAGGAAGGAAUACAUACACGCCAAGUACGUGGAGCACAGAUUUGCUCGGCGGACCGCAACCACAGCCACAGCCAGACAGGGUGAUCUGUACGAGGCCGUGAGGACCCGAGACCUGAUGGCCCUUAUUCAGCUCUAUGCAGAUGGAGUGGAGCUUAUGGACCCAUUUCUAGAAGCAGGACAGGACCCGGGAGAGACCGCGCUGCAUUUUGCCGUACGGACCUCAGACCAGACCUCACUGCAUCUGGUGGACUUCCUUGUCCAAAACAGUGGAGCUCCAGACAGACAGACAGAGAGUGGAAAUGCUGCUCUGCAUUACUGCUGCACAUAUGAGAAGCCAGAGUGUCUCAAACUGCUCCUCAGGGGAAAGCCAUCUAUUGAUCUAGUCAAUCAAAAUGGAGAGACCGCGUUUGACAUCGCCAGACGAUUAAAGAAUACACAGUGUGAAGAGCUACUGGUGGAGGCAGCAGCUGGCAGGUUUAAUCCUCACGUCCAUGUAGAAUGCGAGUGGAACCUGCGGCUGGAGGAAAUCGACGAGAGUGACGAUGACCUGGAUGACAAGCCCAGUCCAGUAAAGAAGGAGCGUUCUCCUCGUCCUCAGAGCUUCUGUCAUUCCUCGAGCGUGUCUCCUCAGGAGAAACUGUCUCUACCAGGGUAUUUGGGACACAGGGACAAACAGAGACUCUCCUACGGAGCAUUUGCCAACCCCGUCUACAGCACAUCCACCGAAACACCUGCUUCUCCCAUAUCAGAGGGUCCUACAAUAGCCAGCAAGCCCACGACGAAAGCUCCGCCCUCUGGACCGCCCACCUCCCUGCCGCUGGCCUCUCAAUCAAGUGUAGGAGGCAGCUCAACUCUGUCUAAGAAGAGAGCUCCUCCUCCACCUCCCGGUCACAAGCGUGCCCUCUCUGACCCCCCCAGCCCCGUGAUGCAGGGCUCCCAAAGCAAAGGAAGUGAAACCACACACUCUGCUGCAAACCGGACGUCUCCUGCUAAUAAGUUUGAGGGAAUCCAGCAGCAGCAGAGCACUACAUCUGCAAACACAAAAGCAGGAUUUGGCCCACGAGUUCUGCCCAAACUACCUCAAAAAGUGGCACUACGAAAGAUUGACACAAUCCAUCUCCCUUCAGUGGACAAGACCAGUCCAGGACCGGAUGUGCUGCAGAAACCCUCACAGGCCCAGGACACGCCACCCGUCAGAGCUUCAGAUACGAUAACUAGACCCACGGAACCCCCUCCUAAAAUCCCGCAACCCGUCGAGCGCUCGCUGCCGGUCGAGGUGCCGCAGAAGCCGCAAGUCUCGGACCUCCCACCUAAACCGCAGUUGUCGGAUCUUCCCCCGAAACCACAACUGUCGGAUUUACCACCAAAACCUCAGCUCGCUGAUCUACCCCCGAAACCCCAGCUUAAGGAUCUUCCACCUAAGCCGCAGCUCUCCGAUCUCCCAGCCAAACCGGCGAUGACUUCUCCAGCUGAGAACGCACAGAGGCAACCGACGCAGGAGGAAACGAGUCCCAAACCCCAGCUGACAGACGCACAGUCAUCCGGCCAACAGGAGGAGCUGUCACCCAGACAAGCUUGUGAGGAUACGAAUGGUGCACCUGCAGGAACUGUGGAGAUGCCAGUCCCUAUGCCACGGAAAAUUAACACAGUAGCAAAAAACAAAACCAGGCGCGUGAAAACCAUCUACGAUUGUCAAGCGGAUAAUGAUGAUGAGUUGACCUUUGUAGAGGGAGAGGUUAUCAUUGUUACAGGAGAAGAGGACCAGGAGUGGUGGAUCGGGCACAUAGAGGGGGAACCUGACAGGAAAGGGGCCUUCCCAAUGUCCUUUGUGCACAUUUUGUCAGACUGACAACAUAGGAUCAGCAGGUGUGAGGCUUUGUAACUGGCACAAGCUCGGCUCUCUCUCUGGCCUCACACUGAACUGUGGGCAUUGCCUCUUUACAUAGCUGCUGAAUCCAAUCAAUCUCCAGACAAACAAAACAUGAAGUAUCAAACCCAUGCUCCCUUAAUCCACGAGGGUGAAAUGUGUAAACUAUGUGUUGUUCAUAAACCGUGUUAUCCUGCCUACCAGUAUUAUCGUAGCCAUGGCAACCCAGCAUGCCAAACUGGGUUUUCAGUAGCUAUUCUUGGAAUCUAGCACUUAACAUGUACGAUGUAACUUUGUGUAUGUGUACACAUAUAGAAUUCUAUGUAUGUCCAUUUUAAGUGUGUCUUUGUACAUAUAUAUGCACAGAUGUAAGUGUGUAUUUAUGUACGUAUGUAUAAUGUACAAGUGUGCAAAUGUAUGUUAACCCUGCUUGCUUAUGGAGCCAGAGUGACUCUAGACAUUUUAGUGUACUGUUUAAAAAAAGAAUCAUCUCUUUGGAAGGAGUAAAAGAUGAGAGCAAGAAUACAAUGACGUUAGUAUAACGGUGUUGAAAUUCCCAGCAUAGGGGCAUGCUGAUCAGGGAUCAAAACCAAAAUGUAAAGGUUUUCAGCAUCUCAUCUCGUAUACAUACACAAUCAUAAUAUGCAUUCGGUAAGUUUGAAUUACUGGCCUGAGCCAUCUUAAUUCUGAAGGCCUCAAUGACUUAUUUUAGGAAAAGUGCUUGUUACCUCUUUACACCCAUAGUCUCUUAAUGCCGGUAUGGUCAUAUCCACGGGACUGAUGUACCUCUCCCACUGUUGACUAAUGCCAAAUCUGAAAAAACUGACGCCUCAGCUCUGGGAAAAUGUCCAUGUCAAUCUUGUUUUAUGACAUCAUACGACAUGGUCUCUGGUUAUCAUACAUAAAUCAUUAAGCUCACAUGUGACUCUUCAUACAUAGAUCUGAUUGGUCAAAAGUUGUUGGCUUUGUACAAAAACACAAUGUGUUUAAGAUUGGUUGGGAUGAGUUUGUCUUGUUCAGCUUACAGUGACUGUGGAAUGUGAUUUCUCGUGGUUUUGUUUUGGGUCAUUUCUGUUUGAAUUUAACUUCAAGGGAACUCAGCAGUGAGUGACUGACUCAGUUUGACUCAGAAUGAACUAACGCUGCCUCUUAUUUUCUCUUUACCCUAUCAGGGAGACCAGCAUUCAAUUGCUUUUUAACUAUUAUUGUAUUAACAAAAGAAAUAUAUGUAUUAAUGAAUGCCACCUGUACUAUAUUUGAUGAUGAUAGUAUUUGACAUUUAUAGGGCUAAAGUGUUUUAGCAUGGAGAGGGAUGGACCUUUUCCAUUCAAGUGUUUUGUUUUUUCCCUUUGUUUUAGAUCGUUUUACGUGAAUUGAUAACAACUAAGGGAUGCAUACAAGUAUUUAGCACAAAGAACUCCGUAAACAUGCUAAAAACAAUUUCAAGAUUGUGAACCUACUGUUGGACCAAACGUCUCUGUCCAGAACGAUGUUCAUAUUCUGCUUUUGCGAGCCUUGCAACAUAUCAGUUGAUGCUUGGAAACCGUAAAAUGGCCAACAUCACAUUUAGUUAAACUGGAAUCAGUCCUAAUGUUACAUGAAGGAUGUAUUUUGCCACUCUUAUUGUUUUUUUUCUGGUCUGUGUUUUGAUCCACUGUAAGUUCAGUCAGAAAGAAACCACACUAUCAAGGUUCAAAUGUUUAAAUAAAGACCUUACG